UUUAGAUGUUUUGUUUUGAUUCGUUUUUAUGUCCGCUAUUCUGGAUAGGUGAAAAUUAAUUUUCCACUUUUUAAGUAGCUUUAAAUAAAAACGGAUAAUAAAUUUUUGCUAUUCAACUAACCCAAAAAAACAGAGAACCUCAAUAAACUUGACAUUAAAUUUAUCCCAUUAAAAGAAUAGGAGCACAGAAACCAUAAGAUGCCUCUUACAGCAGAAAAUGCAGCUUUGCAAAUUCAGGACCGAUUGAAAGAAUUGCAACGGCUCAUUCAUCAAAUUGAUGAUGACCGCAGGCGCUCUGAAGCAAACUUGAAUAGCACACUCCGCGCACAGCAAUCCAAUUUCCCACCUCAAAAAUUAAAAACGCUGUACAAGACAGGUCUUCAAGAUGCUUCUCACGAAGAGGCUACUAUACGAGGAGCAUUGGAAAAAAUACAGGAAAUUCGUAAUAUUCGAAACGAACGGCGUGUUGCGGCUCGAAAUGCUGGCAAUAAAGAAGCAAUACGUCGUGGCGCUCUGAUGAAAAUGGUUCAAAUCUCUGCGCAAACAUUGCCGCUUUUUGUGAGUAAACCUGGUGAAAAGGUUCCGCCAUUAUGUGGCGCUACUCCAGCCGAAAGCAAUUAUAUCGCAAAAGUUGGCGACAACGUCGCGGCUUUAGUAAAAGGCGUAGAAGAUGACGAAAAUUGGAUUCUGGCAGAGGUGGUGCAAUUCUUGCAUCGUCAAAACAAAUACGACGUUAUAGAUAUUGACGAAGAACAAAAGGACCGGCAUGUGCUGAGCAAGCGAAAAAUCAUUCCACUGCCAUUGAUGCGAGCUAAUCCUGAAACGGAUGGUCACGCUUUAUUUCCAAAGGACACAGUUGUGAUGGCGCUUUAUCCACAAACUACUUGUUUUUACAAAGCAAUAAUUCAUCGUUUGCCUCAGACUGCAACAGAGGACUACUUGGUGUUAUUUGAGGAUUCGUCUUGUACAAACGGUUAUGCUGAUCCAUUACCAGUGGCACAGCGGUAUGUUAUUGCAUACAAACCAACCAAAAAAAGUGGUGGUGCUGGAAGUGGCAGCGUUUCUUCAGCUUAAUUGAAAACUCCAAGAAUCAAUGGUCUCCAUCAUCACUUUCUUCAUUUUCAGUAUUAUCUUGUUCCAUGCCUUCGUCUUCUACCUCAUCGCCUUGGCCACUGUCAGUUUUGU